GCUGCUGCACCCACUCUACUUGGACGAUGGGCGCUGCGCCUGCAAGUGAACAUGGACAUGGCGCACGACGACACCAACGUCAGCGGGCUCACGUUUUGGUCUGGCGAGUCGACGCCUGAGGCACCCUACGACGUCGACAUCGUAGCCGUGCAGGGACUAGGCGCGCAUUGGUUCUACACCUGGGUCAGGAAGGUCCCGGCCGUAGAGACAGAGGAGAGGACAAAGGAGAGGACAAGAGUCAAGACGUUUAGCCGGCUGUUUGGGAAGAAAGGUAAAUCGCUGGACGAUAAUGGAGGCUGCAACACAAGGGAGGUGAUGUGGCCGCGGGACCUCCUGGUGCCGGCGUUCAGCAACGCGCGGGUCGCUACGUACAACUAUCAGUCGGACUGGAGAGACCGGCAGGUGAAUACAAGUCUGCGGGAGUGCGGGCAGCAGCUGCUGGAGGUGCUGCUCCAGCAUCGACAGAGUGCGAGUGAACGACGGAGACCGCUUGUUUUGAUCGGCCACAGCCUGGGAGGUCUUGUCAUCCAGCAGGCGCUCGUUAUCGCUGUCCACGGGUCCCGCUACACCGACCUUCGUCUCUCGAUCGCAGGCAUCGUCUUUCUAGGCACGCCGUUCCAGGGUAGUAAGGAGGCAGCAUACGCGCAAUGGCCGGCGAAGCUCAUCCGGCUGCAAGAGGAUGAGCGCCACGGGUACACGCUACUGGAGACACUGCAAAAAGACUGCGCGAGUCUGCGCGACUUGUUAAUAGACUUCUGGCGCAGCUAUGGCAAGUAUGACAUGACGUGCUUCUACGAGAAGAGGCCGGCUAAAUACGGACUUGUAAGCAGACAGUUUGUGAGCACGCAGUCCGCUACGCUCGUCGGGCAGAAGAUGAUAUACAUGGACGCCGACCAUUCUGGGCUGAACAAGUUCAGCGGCGUGGAUGACAGAAACUUCAUGCUGCUCCUGCCAGAGCUGCGCAGGAUGAUUAAGGACAGUGGCUCUGUGGUGGCGGAUCGGUACCGCAGCAAAGAUGCUGGCCCAGCUGGCAAUGUGCACUGGAUGGUGCCGCGCGCGGUAAACAGUCUGUUCACAGGGCGCAGCGAAGUCGUGGAGCGAAUGCAGAGCGCCCUGCGCAACAAUGGUCCAGACGCGACAAAGCAGAAGCGAGUAGUCAUCACUGGCAUAGGGGGCAUGGGCAAGAGCGAGGUGUGCCUUAAGGUUGCCAAUCUGAUGCGAGAACACUUCUGGGGUGUGUUUUGGGUGAAUGUAGGCAGCGGGUCGACCGCUAAGAACGACUUUCUAGCUGUCGCUAAGGCGCUCGGAUCGGCUGCGGAGAGCGUGGACGAGGGGCUCGAAGCGCUCGCCAACACCAAGAAGCGCUGGCUAUUGGUCCUGGACAACGCUGACGAGGUCGACGUGGACUACGCACGCUACAUACCGUCUGGGGUGCAGGGCGCGGUCAUCGUAACGUCGCGCAACCCACAGUGCAGCCGGUACAGCACGGGGCUUGCAGAAGCGCUCGAGGGCCUGGACGCAGAGCACUCGACGCUGCUGCUGCUCAAGGCUGCUCGAGUGCCGGAAGAGGCUUGGCGGUCGUGCGAGACGCAGGCGCAGGCACAGGACAUUGUGCGCCUGCUGGGAUCGCACACACUUGCGCUGAUCCAGGCUGGCGCGUACGUAGCCGAAGGGUACUGUCAACUGACCGAGUAUCCCAAGAAGUAUCAGCAGCAUCGCAAGCGGCUGCUUGAACACCAUCCAGAGCAGGAGCAGUCGCGGUAUCGAGACGUGUUCGCUACGUUUGAGGCAUCUGCGGAUGCUCUUGAGCGUUCUGGCAGCCAGGACAGACAGGAUGCGCUAAAUCUACUUGCGGUGCUAUGUAUGCUGCACUCAGGCAUGCUUCCGCUUGAGGCGUUCGAGGAUGCAUGGCGAAGGGCGUGUCGCGUGCUCGAAGCCUCGUCCGCUGAAAAGGAUGGAACGGACAAAUCCGACAAGAUGGGUGAGCUCGGACGAUGGCACGUUGCGCAGCUGCCCGACUUCAUUGAUACAGAAGCGGACGAGUGGGACGACUAUCGCCUCAAGAAAGCCAGAGCCCGCCUCGUAUCACUGUCGCUGGUGACGAUGCAUACAUUGGGUGACGGCAGCGGCGGGCUGUCAAUGCAUCCGCUGGCGCACGCGUGGGCGAAGGACCGGCUGGAGAAGGAGCGGCAGCAGCAGGCGUGGGUGACUGCAGGAUGCGUGCUUGCAUUGUCACGAGGGCGGACAAAGCUGUGGCAGGUGCGCGAGAGGGAGCUGCGGCCGCAUGUGCAGUCCUUUCUGUCGCCCAGCGUGCAGACGAUGAUCUCGUGUGGACCGCAGAUGGGGGUGCUGACCGUCUUGCUGCAGUGCGGCUGGGCGCUGAACACGAUGAGAGAAGACGCCAGGCUUGAGCAGCUCCUGGCCGGCAUCUACCAGGCACUGGACAUAACCCCGUCUAAUCCGACAACGGAGCACGUGCCGAUAUGGGACCUGGCGGCGAGGAACCUUGGAUACAUGGGCCACGCGAGGGAGGCAGUGAAGCUGCUGGAGCACGUCGUCAAGAUCAAAGAGACUACGCUGGACGAGCGUCACCCGUCUCGGCUGGCAUCGCAGCACGCGCUUGCCAUUGCAUACGGGGACAACGGGCAGACAAGAGAGGCAGUAGAGCUGCUGGAGCACGUCGUCAAGAUCUACAAGACUACGCUGAACGAGCGUCACCCUGACCGGCUGGCAUCGCAGCACGAGCUUGCCAGUGCAUACGGGGCCAACGGGCAGACAAGAGAGGCAGUAGAACUGCUGGAGCACGUCGUCAAGAUCUACAAGACUACGCUGGACGAGCGUCACCCGUCUCGGCUGGCAUCGCUGCAUGCGCUUGCCAUUGCAUACAGGGCCAACGGGCAGACAAAAGAGGCAGUAAAGCUGCUGGAGCACGUCGUCAAGAUCCACAAGACUACGCUGGACGAGCGUCACCCUGACCGGCUGGCAUCGCAGCACGAGCUUGCUGGUGCAUACAGGGCCAACGAGCAGACGAGCGAGGCAGUAGAGCUGCUGGAGCACGUCGUCAAGAUCGAAGAGACUACGCUGGACGAGUGUCACCCAUCUCGGCUGGCAUCGCAGCACACGCUUGCCAUUGCAUACAGGGCCAACGGGCAGACGAGAGAGGCAGUAAAGCUGCUGGAGCACGUCGUCAGGAUCAAAGAGACUACGCUGGACGAGCGUCACCCGUCUCGGCUGGCAUCGCAGCACACGCUUGCCAUUGCAUACAGGGCCAACGGGCAGACGAGAGAGGCAGUAGAACUGCUGGAGCACGUCGUCAAGAUCCAAGAGACUACGCUGGACGAGCGUCACCCGUCUCGGCUGGCAUCGCUGCACGUACUUGCCAGUGCAUACGGGGACAACGGGCAGACAAGAGAGGCAGUAGUGCUGCUGGAGCACGUCGUCAAACUCAAAAGAGUCACUAUGGCGGAGACCCAUCCAUCUCGACUCGUGUCAGAGCGUUCAUUGUUGCACUACCGGAGGACACUAAAGUAG